AGCCAACGCUUGGGUGGAGAGGUCCACUACCUAAGCUCAGAUCCUCCAAACUCAUGAGCUAAGGCCGACAACCUUGAUAUUGUUCUCUGCCUUACAAUCCAAGACUGCAGACGCCAUUUGGGGACGAGGGCCAACACGCCUUCUGAUUAAUAACUUUUCAUUUCUUCAUUCCAGUGCCAAAGACCGCCUUUCAAGUCCUUCUCUUCUCUUCACGACUCUUCUCAGAAUUUAAAACCAUGUCUGAAACCACGCAAAACGCGGGUGCUAGACCCGUCAACUUCAGCCCUUCAGCUGCUCAUCAUCGAGCAUCGCCUACUCAUCAUGACUCCUUCUCCGGCAACUCUCGCUCUCUGGACGAACUCAUGAUCCUGAAGCCCUACUUCGCCGGCCAGCCCAAGUCACUCUCCGGUAUCGCUCUUCGAGCUUUCUGCCUCGGAAUUACCUUGACUUGUAGUGCUAUCUCUAUGGGGGCUAUUCUGUUCUUGACUUCUAGCCCUGCUUGGCGUGUUCCGUUCUUCCUGUUUGCACUCUCGGCUUUUCACUUUCUCGAGUUUUGGACUACGGCUGAGAAGAAUACACUUGUGGCUAGCAUUGGAAGUUUUCUUCUGACCGCAAACUGGCCAGGAUACGCCAUCGCCCAUUCAGCUGCGUUCACCGAAUGUGCCAUUGUUAACCUCUUCUUCCCUAAUCGACACUGGGCACCCUAUGGUACCGGUCCUAUCCUUCUGCUCCUCGGCCUUGUCAUGGUCACCGCUGGACAGUACGUCCGCUCAGUGGCCAUGUUGCAAGCUGGAGCCAGUUUCAACCAUCAUGUCCAGACCAGGAAGAAGGAUUCCCACGAGCUGGUGACUUCAGGCAUUUACUCAAUCUUCCGCCACCCAAGCUACUUUGGAUUCUUUUACUGGGGACUGGGAACACAGCUAGUAAUGGGCAACAUUCUGUGCUUUUUUGCCUAUGCGGCUGUUCUCUGGAUGUUCUUCAGCAAGCGAAUUAAACACGAGGAGGCCAAAUUGAUCGAGUUCUUCCAAGAUGACUAUGUACAAUAUCGGAAGAGAGUGGGAACAAAGAUUCCUUUCAUUGCUUAGAAGAUGUAAGAGAAGAGGGGGACGAUCUAGCCAUAGGCGCAUGUAAAUACAGUAAUACUAGAAAUGUACGAAGAUAGGCAAUCGAGUUCUUAAUAGUAGUUUAUCAAAUAUGUAUCGUACCAAUACGGUAGAUAUGCUAGCUGAGCAAUACCAAACAGUAUCCAGAA